GAGAUUGACCUCCAUUCUCUUUUCCAAUAUUGACCUCCAUCAAAGUAACCUAGAUCCACCACCUCACCUCCAACCCCCUUCUCCUGCCAUUCUCAGCUCUGUACAUAAUAUUUCUUCUCUUUAGAGUCGUAGGGGGAAAAAUGGCGGAUCUUGGCACUGCAGACCCACAAUCUCAGCUCAUACCAAACCUCCCAGACGACGUAGCAUUACAGUGCUUAGCCAGAGUCCCACGUUCCCAUCACCCUAUUCUCUCUCUUGUCUCCAAAUCUUGGCGCUUCGCCCUAAGCUCCACUGAACUCUACACCACCCGGUCAAUUCUACGUACUACCGAAACUUUCCUCUUCCUCAACCUCCGCAUAAACUCCACUUUCCACUGGUACACUCUCUUCCAACACCCUCACCCACAAAAAUACAGAAAGCUUUUCCCCCUUCCUUCAAUACCCUGUAAGCCCAUUGGAUCGGCUUAUGCAGUUUUGGGCCCAAAGAUUUAUGUGAUUGGUGGGUCCAUUGGUGAAAUCCCUUCGAAUAAUGUGUGGGUUUUCGAUUGUAGGUUUAAUUGUUGGGAAAUGGGGCCAAGAAUGAGGAUUGGUAGGGAGUUUGCCGCAGCUGGGGUUGUGAAUGGGAAGAUUUAUGUAAUGGGUGGGUGUGUUGUUGAUAAUUGGGCUAGGUCGAUGAAUUGGGCCGAAGUUUUUGAUCCAUUAACGGGGUUAUGGGCUGCGUUGCCGAGUCCAAUUGAGGUCAGAGACAAGUGGAUGCAUGCCAGUGCAGUGGUGGGUGAUAGGGUGUAUGCAAUGGCGGAUAGGGGAGGGGUGGUGUAUGAUGUUGGGGGUGGGGAAUGGGGGAGUGUAACGAANGGUAAGAUUAGAGGGUAUGACAUGAAGGAAGAUGUGUGGAAGGAAUUGAAAGGGGUGGAGAAGGGGUUGCCUAGGUUCUUGUGUGGCGCGACGAUGGUGAAUUUCGAUGAGAGGUUGUGUGUUGCGUGGGAAGGCAAGAGGAAUGGCAAGGAGGUUGACAUUAUGUGCGCAGAGAUUGAAGUUUGGAAGGACAAGGGCGGAGGGUUGAGUGGGAGCAUCUUGUGGUCGGAUGUGAUUCUUGUUGUUCCUAAUGGUGCUUCAAUUGUGCAUUGCUUUGCAGUUGACUUGUGAUGUUUACUUCAGACGAGGUGCUGGUCAUGCAUGAUAAUGCUGCGGUUUUGUCUCUGAGAAUUCAAUAUAUGACUGCAGAAAUUCAGAUACCGAUAGAGAACAUCGAGUCUGAACCCUCAAGAAUCAAUAUUUCCAAGUUGUUGAAUGUUCCAUAGGCCAAUUUCCAGAUAAAGGUAAGUCUGCUUCUGGUUCAACUUUCAGUGCUAGGCUGGCCACUUGUGGAAUGUGAGUUUGUGUUUCAAACACAUUUCUGGAAAGCUUCUGCGCGAUUUCUUGGAACAAAUUCUAGUGUAACUAAGUUAUGAGCAAAAGUUUGUAAUUGUAAGCGAUGUAGAAAGUCUGCUUUUGUACACAGCUAAUUAACUACUAGUUCACGAACCGUUGAGUUGUAACUUUGAAGAAGUAAAUUUUACUAAUUUAUCUUUCAGUCA